GCAUGGGCUGUGGGGAAUACAUUUUAUUUUAUUUCCUUAAAAUAAUAAUUAAUAAAACAUCGAUAAAAUAUAAGAAUAAACCUCUGACAUUUUCAUCUGAGCUAUUAUCUACUUUUUAUUCCUCUGUGUGGGUCGGUGUGAAGUUGGCAAAUUUUGUUUUAGAUCUUGACUGAAAAAGAAAAUGGGUGGUGGCAAGGAUAAACACGAUGAAUCUGACAAAGGGUUAUUUAGUCACCUAAUUCAUGGUGUCCCAGGAUAUCCUCAUGGACAGCAUCCUCCACCUCCUGGGGCAUACCCUCCCCAGCAAGGUUACCCACCGCAAGGCUAUCCUCCGCAAGGCUACCCUCCGCAAGGCUACCCUCCACAAGGCUAUCCUCCACAAGGCUAUCCUCCAGCAGGUUAUCCUCCUGGUGCGUACCCCCCAGCUGGUUAUCCAGGCUCGUCCCAUUCAGGCCAUGGCAUCGGGGCACUUGUAGCUGGUGGUGCAGCUGCUGCGGCUGCUGCUUAUGGUACACACCAUGUUUCUCAUGCUGGUCAAUAUCCACCCGGUGCUCACAUGCACCAUGGUGGCAAGUUUAAGCACCAUGGUGGAGGCAAGUUUAAGCAUGGAAAGUUUGGCAAGCAUGGAAAACACAAGCAUGGCAAGUUCGGAGGAAAGUUCAAGAAAUGGAAGUGAGCAUUUUGUUGCUCCACUCAGGAUCGUCAUAUUUAUGCCUGAGAUUGUUGGAUUUGGUUUCUACAAAUAAACCAUUGUCUUUUUUCAAAGAAACUUUAACUAGUAGUAAAAACAUGUGGGCGGUUCUCUCAUCUGGGUUGUGUUUUUAAGGUUGUUGGUUAUUAUUAUUUGGGAUGGUUAUAAAAUGACUUUUGUAUGUUGCCCAAAAAAAAUAAGAGGGUCUUGUCGUUCAAUUA